UUUUAUUCCGCCUACAUUCAAUUACUUGUCAGUGGGACUAGAUUUUGAUUUCUGAGUUUUAGUUUCCAAAUAUGAGUGAUCCCAAAUAUGCUUAUCCUUACCCUGCUCAAGGUUAUUACCAAGGUCCACCAGUGAUGGCACCACCUCCACAUUAUGCUGCUGCACCUCCACAGUAUGCUGCUCCACCUCCACAGAAUGCUGCUCCGCCUCUAAGGCCUGGUUUCCUUGAGGGCUGUCUCGCGGCUUUGCGUUGCUGCUGUCUGAUUGGUGAGUGCUGCGAUGGUUCUUCCAUUAUCCCUGCGAGCUGAUCAUCUCUGUAAUGUAUAAUGGAGAAAAUGUUUUUAAUAAUUUAUAAAUAUCAGUGGUUUUAUUUAUUUAUUUUGUUGUCGAUGUGUCUUUCUUUUCUUUUAUUUUUUUCAUCCAGAGAACAGAACAAUGUUAAAAAUAAGAGGAAAGUCGAAAAUGUGAUCUGAUGAAAUAUAUUCCUUGUAUUUCCGUAGGAAAAAGAUUUUAAUUAAUGUGUAAUUGCGUUUGUUUUAGAA